UCCAAUCACAUCCAGUGUGAUAACAAUCAAAUUUGAAGAAGGCACGACGUUGUCAUCACUAUUAACAGGAAUUAUCACCGGAUUAAUAAAGAUCCCCGAGCAAUUUAUCACAUAUUUAUUAAAUGCUCAUCGUCAAGAGAACAAAACAGUAAUUGAAGAUGAAGAAGAAUGGAAAAGUUUAUUUUGGAGUAAAAUAUCUUCAAUUAGAAUAUUCUAUUCCGAAAGUCUAAAAGUCAAUCAUGUUAUGUUGGAAAGAGGUGUAAAAUCUACUAUUAAAGCUAGGUUACCAUCGUCCAUAAAACCCGCCACAACCUUAAUUCCGGUAUUAUCUAUUAUCGACGAUUGUGCAGUGGGAAUUUGUGUGCACGAUUUUCAGAGAGAUUCAGGAUACAACAUGUCAUACACUGCCAACAUACAAAGUCCUCAAAAAUCUUUGUAUAUGAGACUUCGGAU